CUCUCUCUCUCUCGCUCACUCCACCUCUCAUUUCACUCCUUCCCUCCACACCAGUAGAACUGUAAUCCCACUCCCACUCAGCUAAGAUUAAAAACAUACCAAACCCACAUCACAUACUCUCUCUCUCUCUCUCUCUCCUCUUCCUUCUCCAUCUUUGAUUCUCUGCAUAUGCUAAAAAAAUUCACAGCAAACUCAAAACCAUGUCUUGCUCAAAUCUAACAAUGCGAGUCUCUUCAAACCCAUCUCUCUCCGAUGCCUCUCCUCUCUCUUUUCGCUCUGUUCUCAACCCAUUUCAGCUCCCAAUUCAAAAUUCACCCAUUUCCAGCCCCUCUAGAUCAUCAUCUGUGAACCCAAUUCACUGCAGUCUUCGCGACCUUCGAGCCCGAAUCGCGUCAGUCAAGAACACCAAGAAGAUCACCGAAGCGAUGAAGCUCGUUGCUGCAGCGAAAGUUCGAAGAGCUCAAGAAGCUGUUGUCAAUGGAAGACCUUUCUCAGAGACUCUUGUUGAAGUUCUUUAUAGCAUCAAUGAACAGCUUCAAGCAGAGGAUGUUGAUGUGCCUCUCACCUCUGUCAGGCCAGUCAAAAAGGUUGCUCUGGUUGUUGUCACAGGCGAUCGAGGCCUCUGUGGGGGUUUCAACAACCAAAUCAUCAAAAAAGCCGAAUCACGAAUCGCAGAUUUGAAGAAUUUGGGCGUAGAUUACACUGUGAUUAGUGUUGGGAAAAAGGGUAAUUCAUAUUUUAUCCGAAGGCCUUAUAUCCCGGUCGAUAAAUUCUUUGAAAAAGGCAAUUUACCGACCGCGAAAGAAGCUCAGGCGAUCGCCGACGAUGUUUUUUCGCUCUUUGUGAGCGAAGAAGUCGAUAAAGUUGAGCUUUUGUACACGAAAUUCGUGUCGUUGGUUAAGUCUGAUCCUGUGAUUCAUACUCUGCUUCCCCUGUCUCCAAGGGGGGAGAUUUGUGAUGUGAAUGGGAUUUGUGUCGAUGCUGCCGAGGAUGAGUUCUUCAGAUUGACAACAAAAGAAGGGAAAUUGACAGUGGAGAGAGAUGUUGUGAGGACUCAAACUAUUGAUUUUUCGCCAAUUUUGCAAUUCGAGCAAGACCCGGUUCAGAUUCUUGAUGCUCUGCUUCCCCUGUAUUUGAACAGCCAAAUCUUGAGGGCGUUGCAGGAGUCUCUGGCUAGUGAGCUUGCUGCUAGGAUGAGUGCCAUGAGCAAUGCCACCGACAAUGCUGUCGAAUUGAAUAAGUCGCUAUCGAGUGUGUACAAUCGGCAGCGACAGGCGAAGAUCACCGGAGAGAUAUUGGAGAUUGUCGCCGGAGCCGAUGCCCUAGUCUAACAACCUCAUGAUAGCAUGAUUUUGAAUAACGGCAUCGGGGAUAUGUAUCAGUUUUGACGAUACGGUUAUAUAUGAGCUGAUAUAUAGGUGUAUCAGUACCGAAAGUCUAAAAUCGCGAUAUCGUAUCAACCAAUAUCGAAAUUUAUCUAUCAAUGAAUAUUGAUAUCAAAAGUCUAAAAUCCUGAUAUCAUAUCGGCCGAUAUUUAAAAGCCAUGCUCCUGAGAGUGAUGAUAUAGUUUAUUUUUUGCUUUAUUUAUGCGGGUUUUUGCUUAUUUUAUUGAAUUAUGCUUGUGCAAGAACAAACUAUGUAGAUCUUUAGAUACAUGUAAUUCUCAAUUGCUCACAAACAUUGCGUUUUGGAACAUCUUUGUAUACGGCUAUUUUGUUUUUUGCCCCUCAUAUAUAAUACGUGUGUUAUUUGGAGUUCUCAC